AUGGUACUAUGCAGGAUACCUACGUAUCAGAACAACGUUUCAAUUGCUUCCUUAGCCGCCGACAUCUCCGCGUUAUCGAUGCGCGUCAGCUCAUACCUGGAUGCUAAUUACCAUGGGCAACCCGAUUUCACACCCACAUCGGUCGCGCUUCCAGAAACGCCGGAAUUUGAAGCCCUGAGGAACCAAGUUAAUGACUCCGCCCUCGAUCUUCUACGCCUAGUCAACGGCCCAAAGAAUACUUUCCGAACGCUGUUCUUUUCACAUAUGGAUCUUGCCGCCGCGCAGGUCGCGCUGAGUCAAAAGUUCUUUGAGCAUGUCCCAGACGACAAAGUUGGAAUCAGUGCAGCCGAAGUAGCGAUGAGAGCGGGUAUGGACGAAGACCGUACUACCCGUCUGCUGAAAAUGCUAGCUACACACCGCAUCUUUGAAGAACAGAUAAAUGGGAAGUUCCGCCACACUGCCAGCUCGAGUUUUCUUAGGACAUCCGCUUUCAAUGCGAUGUGCGAAGCGUCGCUCGAUGACUUCUUCAAAGCUACUUCUGAGAUGAAUGCAUGGAUUGAGCAGAGUCCGUAUUCGAUGGGACUAGAGGAUAGUGCUUUCCACAAACGCUUUGGCGCUACAUUCUAUGGGCAUUACGAGGAGAAUCCGGCGAAAGCUACGAGGUUCUCGAAUGCCAUGAACGAAUGGUCGUUGAUUGACGACAACUUCGCCAUUCUGCGCGAUAGAUUCGACUGGUUGUCGCUUACGAACGCCAAGGUCGUUGAUGUGGGAGGAGGCAAUGGUCAUGUCAGCAUCGAUCUCGCAAACGAGUUUCCUUUCCUGACCUUCACCGUGCAAGACCUGUCCACCCAUCAGCUCUCCACCGCCCAAGCGCACGACGUCCAAAACCGUGUCACCUUCCAGCAGUACAAUUUCUUCACUCCCCAGCCCAUCCAUGACGCAGGAGUGUAUCUCUGCCGCGCCAUCUUUCACAACCACAACGACGAAGAUUCUAUCAAGAUGCUACGAUCCCUGAUUCCCGCGCUGGAGGACCGCAGCGACGAUCCGAGAAUCUUGAUCAACGAUAUCAUCGUACCAGAGCGUGCAGAGGGUGCAGUCACGAGGGCAGAAGAGAAUCAGCAUCGUCAAAUGGAUUUGCUCAUGUUGGCGCUCUUUGGAGCUAAGGAGAGGACGAAGAGGGAUUGGAAGAGGCUGUUGGAGGAAGUUGACCCGAGACUAGAGAUCCUAAGCAUGCACUACAAUCCUCGUGGUGCCGGGUUGAUCGAGGUUCGUCUCAAUCCUACGACCGAUAAGAAGCAUCCAAAGCUGUCAGCUUGA